GCAGGCACAGUCCUAUGAAAACGGCCCCAGCCCCUCAGUUCCGUUUCUCCUCGCUGUUGUUCUUCACGUCCGGUGUAGUUCGGCUCAUAACGGAUUGAAAAUGCAGCGGAACAUCAGCAAGAACCAUCUUUUUGUCAUCGCAGCUUCUCUUACCAUCCUGGUGGUGCUCUAUUGCUAUUUCAAAGGCAGCAUUCCUCCCAUCAGCUUUUGCACACCCUGUCUUUCCACUGAAAAUCAUAUGGAGGAAGUGGAAAAGAAGAUACAACAGUUCGAAGAGGUGACACAGGGUGAACAUUGCAAGAAAGACAGUUGGAAGAUAGGCGACCUGGUAAUGGAACCUGGAUUAAAGUACGCCCAGCCAAGCACGCAGACUGGACGAACUGAUGUAAACACAGUGACAAACUGGAAUGCUCCUCUCGUCUGGGAAGGAACCUUUGAUCCUGUGGUUAUAGAUGCAAUCUAUAAGAAAAUGGAGCCAAGAGUAGCUGUUGUGGUUUUUGCUGUUGGCAAGUACACUCGUUUUUUGAAGGGGUUCAUUGAGUCAGGAGAAAAGUACUUUCUUGUUGGCUUCAGUGUCACUUACUACAUUCAUACAGACAGAGAAAAUGAAGUUCCUAAGGUUGCGUUGGGUAAGGGCAGGAAAAUUACAACUGUAUCUGUUCCAAGUGCCAACCGCUGGCAAGAUGUUGUGCUUGGAAGGAUGAAAUGGGCUACCUCCACUAUUGAAAAAGUGAUCCGUAAUGAGGCAGAUUAUCUGUUCAUGAUGGACAUAGACAGUGUCUUCCAUAACAGGUUUGGAGCAGAGUCUCUAAGCCGUCUGUCAGCUGUACUUCACCGUGGCUACUACAAGACCACAGCCAGGGACAGUUUUCCCUAUGAACGGCGACAACAAUCCAAAGCCUUCAUCCCUGCUGGGGAAGGAGACUACUACUACACUGCAGCUGUCUGGGGUGGAUACCUGGAUGAUAUGUACAAGCUUGUCAAGUACUGUUAUGAAAUGCAGGAGGAGGAUGCCAAAAACAAGAUAGAAGCUGUCUGGCAGGAGGAGAGUCAUCUCAACAGGUACCUGUUAUACAACAAGCCAACCAAAGUGCUGUCUCCAGAAUACCUGUGGUCUGAUUAUGACAAAGUGCCAGCCGACAUUAAAGUUGUCAGGGUCUCCCAGUUGGUUAAGAACUACGCAGAAGUGCGUCCAAAUGGUGGAAAUUGAUGCUUCAGCAGGUGUUGAUCAUUCUGGCCAGGCCAACUUUUUGAAGUACCAAACAUACCCGCCUGCUCGGGGAUGUUCAUGACUGACCCGGUGUCAAAACUUACCCAUCAGGUGAAUGUUUCGUAACCCACUUUAAUGACCGACAAUUUAAACGAUUUUUUUCCAAAAUCUGCUCAUAGAUUAUCAUUAAGAAAAGGGGUUAUAUUACUUAAAAUACUAUCUACUAGCAGGAGGUUACUCUGAGGUAUAUUGAUUUAAUUGGCUGGCACAAUCUCUCAUAUUUCUUAAGAGUUCAGAACCCCACUCAAUGAAGAGAAAGUGUAGUACAAAAUAUUCGAAAAUAAUACACAACUGAAUUCAUUAAAAUGAGAGAUUUGAGCAUUUUUUUCUACCAUAUUUUUCGGAUUAUAAAUCGCUCCGGAAUAUAAAUCGCAUCAGUCAAAAAUGCGUCAUAAGGAGGAAAGAAAUAAGUUGCACCAGACUAUACGCAUUUAUUUAGAAAUUAGUUUCACACAAUCCCGUGACUAAAAGCUAACAUAUUAUGUGGUGUGCCAAUUUGUUCAAUUACACAGCUGCAUCCACAACCGGCUGAAUAAAAUGCAGCGUACCUUGGAGGUUGAAUUUGGUAAAUUAGCAUAACAAGCUAGUAACUCCAACCCAGAAAGUUCUUUCCAGCGCAUUUCAGCAUAAUAGCCCAUUAUGCUGAAAGUUGUCAAAAUUACCCUGAAAUUAGACCGUGAGCAUAGCGGUGCUACGUGCUAAGCUAACAGCACG